UCCCUUUCUCCCUUGCCCGCACCCCGCCCUCCUCCGAGAAGGAAACUUGACUGGAUUUAAUACGUUUCCCCCGGCUGGAAAGGAGCCCCCGCCUGCUGGGUCUGCCCCGGCCUCCCGGCAGACGAGUUCCAUGUGGAUGGUUUAAAUAACUGCCUCCUGCAUCCUGGUGAUUCUGUGGUCCAAGUUCAGAAACUGGUUCAAACUCCUAUGCUGUGAAUUGGAAGAAGCGCAGAGAUUCGGAAUGUUGGGUUUGAAAGCUCAGGGAAGAAGCAGCAGGGAGAAAAAAGCAACACAGUGUGCCUGAAAAUGACAACGAAGCGGAACUUGUUGGUGCGGCUGGUGCCAUGCCGCUGUCUGCGGGGAGAGGAGGAAACAGUCACUACAUUAGACUAUUCUCACUGCAGCCUGGAGCAGGUGCCUAAGGAGAUUUUCACUUUCGAAAAGACCUUGGAGGAACUUUAUUUAGAUGCUAAUCAGAUUGAAGAGCUUCCAAAGCAACUUUUUAACUGUCAGUCUCUGCACAAGCUGAGUUUGCCAGACAAUGAUCUAACCACAUUGCCAGCAUCCAUCGCAAAUCUCAUUAAUCUCAGGGAACUGGAUGUCAGCAAGAAUGGCAUACAGGAGUUUCCAGAAAAUAUAAAGAACUGUAAAGUCUUGACAGUUGUCGAAGCCAGUGUAAAUCCAAUUUCAAAGCUUCCCGAUGGAUUUUCCCAACUGUUAAACCUAACACAGCUGUACCUGAAUGAUGCGUUUCUUGAGUUUUUGCCAGCCAACUUUGGCAGAUUAACUAAACUCCAGAUACUGGAACUUAGAGAAAACCAGUUAAAAUUAUUGCCAAAAACCAUGUCCAGACUGACUCAACUGGAGAGACUGGACUUAGGAAGUAAUGAAUUCACAGAAGUGCCUGAAGUACUUGAACAACUGAGUGGGUUAAAGGAAUUUUGGAUGGAUGGUAAUAGACUAACCCUUAUCCCAGGGUUCAUAGGUACUUUGAAACAGCUGACCUACUUGGAUGUUUCUAAAAACAACAUUGAAGUAGUUGAAGAAGGCAUUUCAGGUUGUGAAAGCCUACAAGACCUACUCUUAUCCAGCAACUCACUUCAGCAACUGCCAGAAUCCAUUGGCUCCUUGAAGAAGGUAACAACACUUAAAAUUGAUGAAAACCAGUUAAUUUAUUUGCCAGACUCUAUAGGCGGGUUAAUAUCAGUAGAAGAACUGGACUGUAGUUUUAAUGAGAUUGAAACAUUGCCUUCAUCUAUUGGGCAACUUGCGAACAUAAGGACCUUUGCUGCAGAUCAUAACUUCCUAACACAGUUGCCACCAGAGAUAGGAAACUGGAAGCAUGUAACAGUAUUGUUUCUUCAUUCUAAUAAGCUUGAAUUUCUCCCUGAAGAUAUGGGUGAUAUGCAGAAAUUAAGAGUCAUCAAUCUGAGUGACAAUAGACUGAAGAACUUGCCCUUUACCUUUACAAAACUGCAGCAGCUCACUGCUAUGUGGCUGUCAGACAAUCAGUCUAAACCACUUAUCCCUCUUCAAAAAGAAGCUGACCCUGACACACAGAAAACUGUGCUUACCAACUACAUGUUUCCCCAGCAGCCGAGGACGGAGGAUGUUAUGUUCAUAUCUGAUAAUGAAAGCUUCAAUCCGUCCCUGUGGGAGGAACAGAGGAAACAGCGUGCUCAGGUGGCUUUUGAGUGUGACGAAGACAAAGAUGAAAGGGAGGCACCGCCUCGGGAGGGCAAUCUGAAGAGAUAUCCCACUCCGUAUCCUGAUGAACUGAAGAAUAUGGUCAAAACAGUGCAGACAAUUGUGCAUAGACUAAAGGAUGAAGAAUCUACGGAAGAUACUGCCAAGGAGUCAAAACGAGAAGGCCAAGCAGUUUCCGUCAAAGAUGUGGGGGUAAAGACAUCAGAAAUCGCUCCAGUUAAAAACAAAGCAGAGGAGAGAAAGCAAUAUUCAGCAGGAAACUCUGUGCAGAAGCCUGCUGAACCAGAAGCUGAGCACAGCACUGCCAAUCCGCAGAUGACUGCCCUUGUUAAAACCUUAAAGAACACAAAACCAGUUGUCAACCAUGAAGACACGCUCGAGCAGGAGUCAGAAGAACUCUCCUCUGAUGAAGAGAUGAAAAUGGCAGAAAUGCGGCCUCCAUUGAUAGAAACAUCCAUGAAUCAACCAAAAGUGGUAGCUCUUAGCAACAACAAAAAAGAUGGCUUAAAAGAUGCUGAUUCCUUAUCAGAUGAAGCUACCCACAAUAGUAAUCAAAAUAACAGCAACUGUUCCUCUCCUUCUCGAAUGUCGGAUUCCGUUUCCUUAAAUACUGAGAGUAGCCAAGAUGUUUCUCUCUGCUCUCCAGACAAAGAAACGCAUGCAGCUGUUCUGUCCAAAAUCAGACGAGAAGAUGAAAAUUUGAAUAAUAUUCUGCAAAAUGGAGGUGAAUUAAGCAUUACUGUAGAAGAAAAAACAAAUGUGCAAGACAAGGUUACAAAUUUGUCUGACUAUGAAUUAAGCAUUGAAGAAAGAUUAGGCCUGAUAGGAAAAGGUGUUGAUUUGAGCGUUCCUACUGAAGAGUCUCACAAAUUAGACCAAAUAAACAUGAACAUCAAUAAGUUGGCUAUUGAAGAGCCAGUGUCAGUUUCCGUGGAAAGAUUAAAACCCCAGGAAAUAGCAUCAGUAAAGGGGUAUUUGAAUAACAAUGUGAAAGAAGAAAAUGAGCACUUGGAAAAUGGAAAUAAAUAUCCCACAAGUAAAGUAAACGGGCACCCUGAGGAAGCAGUAGACUCUCCCAUUCGAGAAGAAGCGAUGCGCGGCACUGCGGUUGAUGGUGAUUCUUGUGCUGAGCUGCCUGUUUCCAAAAGCACUGAAGACCUGUCCCCCCAGAGAAGUGGGCCUGUGGUGAAAUCGCACAGCAUCACCAGCAUGGACCCCGGGGCUCUGAAAAUCUAUGAUAUUGUCAAUGACAACGGACCUCAGCAGCCAAACACCGCGAUGAAGUCAGCGUCUAGUAGCACCGACGGAAAAAACAUAGUGAGGAGUAAAUCUGCCACCCUUCUGUACGAUCAGCCUUUGCAAGUCUUUCCUGGGUCGUCGUCGUCGUCCGAUUUAGUAUCCUCCGCCAAGAGCGUGUUCAAGCUGGACUCCAACCACAACGCGGAGGGCGCCGGCGCGGUGAGGGCGGCCGGCGGGGCCGUGGCGCUCUGCGCUCCGCAGUACAACAUCCAGUACAGCAGCAGCAGCAGCGGCGCGGCGGCCAAGGACGCGCUGUGGCCGCCGCCGCCGGCCGAGCUGCCCCCGCGCGCCGAGCCCGCCGCCUACGGCAAGCACGCGGCCAACAUGAACUUCUCCAACCACAACAACGUUCGCGCCAGCGCCGCCUACAGCGCCCAUCAGCGCCUGGCGGGCAGGCACCUGGAUCUGUGGGCUGUUCCUCCGAGCGACAGGCUGCCCCCAGGAGCAGCCCGGAACACCCUUCAGAGGCAGAGCAGCGUCACCUCCGCAGCGUCCCUAGGCCCCGCGGAUCCCGGGCCCUGCAGACGGGCUCCGCUCCCUGAGGGGGACUACUUAACCUACAGGGAUUUGCAUUCGAUGGGAAGAGCUCCGCACGUUAUAUCCGGGCACCAGAGACCACUUUCUGCCAGGACAUACAGCAUUGAUGGUCCAAACGUACCCCGGCCUCAGAGCGCUCGGCCCUCGGUGAAUGAAAUACCAGAAAGAACUAUGUCAGUGAGCGACUUCAAUUACUCACGGACUAGCCCGUCAAAGAGAACCAGCCCGAGGGUGAACUCCGAGCACUCUUUAUUAGACCCUCCCGGGAAAAGCAAAGUCCCUCACGACUGGAGGGAACAGGUGUUGCGACACAUCGAGGCAAAGAAACUAGAAAAGAGCAUGCUGUCUAGGUCCUUUAAUUCCACUUUGGCUGCGGUUAGCAGCUUUGCCCCUGGCAGCUCUAGGGACCUGCAUGGCAGCCAGGGUAGUGUUGCGGACGGAAGAGCUGCUGCUGUGCACGUUGCUCGACAUCCCCAGGCCUGUGCUCCAGGGGAGCACUGCCCAGAUGAGGUUUUCCUUUCGGGACAGCAGAAUUACUCAUGUGCCACACUUAGCCUCAAAGAUGUUCCUCCAGACAGCAUGAAGAAAGUGGCCAUGCAGGUACCUUUGACAAAUGGACAAAUGUGCCAGGUUCAAAGACCACAGGCCAACUACAGCCAAGUCCAUCAUCUCCCUCCUCAAGCAUCAGUAGCGAGACACCCAUCUAGAGAGCAAUUAAUUGACUACCUGAUGUUGAAGGUUGCCCACCAGCCUCCCUACGUGCCAUCCCAGUGUUCUCCCAGACAGAGCCACGACAUGGUCAAGCAGGAGAUUCGAGUGAGAAUCGACAAGGAUCCUGAGCUUGGAUUUAGUAUAUCGGGAGGAGUUGGCGGGAGAGGGAAUCCGUUCAGACCUGAAGAUGAUGGUAUAUUUGUAACAAGAGUGCAACCCGAAGGACCAGCAUCUAAGCUAUUGCAGCCUGGAGAUAAAAUCAUUCAGGCUAAUGGCUACAGCUUCAUCAAUAUUGAUCAUGGACAAGCAGUUUCUUUGCUAAAGACUUUUCAGAAUGCAGUGGAGCUCAUCAUUGUGCGAGAGGUUUCUUCAUAAAUACUGUGGAUAUGGGGAAAAAGUCAACAAGGUUCAUCAAAGGACUUAUGGGGAACUGAAUAUUUUGACUAUUUUUAUAUAUGAAAGGGACUUGAACUAUGAUCAAAAUUUGUACAGGAGAUGAAAUAUUGAACUUGUGGUUAAAGGGGGAAAAACCACUGUAUAGAACGUACAGGAAAUCAUUUUGGAAAUGCAUAUGGUGAAUAAACUUGUUUUUAAGCAUUAUAGCAACGUAAGGAUCACUCCUCCAAGAACAAACCUGUGUUGUUUUUUGUACAGAUGGUAGGUUUAUUUUUGGAUAAUUCAUACACAUUACUAAACUUUGUGCAAGGCUUGGAGAAGCCGAGGUUGUAGCCCAUGGACAGAUGGCAGGGCUGUCUGUCCUGUAGCUGUUUAUUGCCUUUAUUUUUAUUCACCAGAUAUUAAUGUGUUAGCGAAACCACUUCUGUAGAUGUGGGCAGGAGAUAAGAAACGUUGGCUUUGCUAUGUGCACGUUGUACAGAUGAAUGGGUAGAUGGAAGGUGGUGCUGGUUGGACAGAAUAAAGGCUGGGUGAAACAACUAUUUGCUAUCUAAAUCUGGAAUCAAGAGUGAUGAGAAAUUGUGUAGUUUUGGCAUGUACAUCUACCAAUAGAAAACGCAAUAAAAGCUUACGGUGUUUUUAGGAAGACUAUAAUUAUGAACUUGUUAUCUUCUACAGGAUUUGUUCUUAAGGUAGUCAUUGAAUAUUCAUUUGCCACAUGCAAUGGAAGUUUAGUUGUUUUUGCAUACAUGAUUUUUUUCAACUGUACUGUGGAAAUGUGCCCAGAGAUUCUUCUCUGCUGUGGAAAUCCCCAGUGUUGUGCAAAUGGUGAUGCUUUUAUCUUUAUAAAAAGUACUCCAUUUUAAUCUUACAGACUUUUAAAAUGAAACUGAAA